AUGAGUCGUCCCGAUAUUACGCUUUACACGGCGCAGACGCCUAAUGGGAUUAAGAUCUCGAUUGCGUUGGAGGAGUUGGGUCUCCCCUACAAGGUCGAGAAUAUCAACAUUGGCAAGAAUACCCAGAAAGAGCCAUGGUUCCUCGAAAUCAACCCCAACGGCCGCAUCCCCGCGCUGACAGACACCUUCACGGACGGGCAAAAAAUCCGCCUCUUCGAAUCCGGCAGCAUCCUCACCUACCUCGCCGAGCAAUACGACAAAGACCACAAGAUCUCCUUCGUCCCCGGAACCCGCGAGCACUACGAGAUGAUCAGCUGGCUGUACUUCCAGAACGCCGGCGUCGGCCCCAUGCAGGGGCAAGCGAACCACUUCUCGCGGUACGCCCCCGAGCGCAUCGAGUACGGCGUUACGCGGUACACGAACGAGACGCGCAGGCUGUACGGGGUGCUGGAUGCGCAUUUGAAGACGUCGGAGAGUGGGUUCCUUGUUGGUGACCAUAUCUCGUUGGCGGAUAUUUCGCUUUGGGGGUGGGUGGCUGCUGCGGGCUGGGCCGGGAUUGAUAUUGAGGAGUUUCCGAAGUUGAAGGAGUGGGAGGAGAGAUUGGCGGCGAGAGAGGGGGUCGAGAAGGGACGUCAUGUGCCGACUAGGCAUACUGUUAAGGAUGUGCUGAAGGAUAAGGACGCUGCUGAGAAGCAGGCUGCUGAGGCGAGGGCUUGGAUUCAGCAGGGGAUGAAGGCUGAUGCUAAGCAUUAG